GAAGAGGUUGAGGCCCUAAAACUUGUUCCUUCAGCCAUGGAUGAUCCUCGUGCUGCUGCUGCCGGUUCAAGCACCGCCAUGGCCGCACUCGAGGUGUUCGACGUCGGUCCCUGCGACGAACCCUACCAGAUGGGCUUCCUCACCGGCCAGAACUUCUCGGCCAUGAUCAAGAGCAGAGUCGCUCAAGACCAGAUCCUGCAACACCAGCUCCUCCCCUUUGCCCUAACCCCUCAAGCUGAGCCACUCCUGGAGUCCAUCUGCGUCGCGAAUCGGCAGAGGUAUCCAAGGUACUGGCAGGAGCUGCUCGGGAUCGCCGGCGGAAGCGGAGUGCCGAUUCUUCAUAUACUGUUGCUGAACUUCCGAAAGGAGUUGCUUCCUUUCGUCUCCAAGGAAGAAGUUGCCGCUGAAGAUGAUUGCUCGGACGUUCUCGUGGUGAAUGACUCGAUGGCCGUUGCCGCACACAACGAAGAUGCAAAUGUGGCUUUGGUCGGCCACACUUUCAUGGUGAGGGCUCGGCUGCCGGACGGCUUGUCGUUUGUCGCGUAUUCGUAUGCAGGCGAGCUACCGAGCUGCGCAUUUGGCUUCAACAGUAAUGGCAUUGCCUUUACACUGAAUUCGGUACCCCCGAAGUCGGAAGAGAUGACAAGAGGCGGCGGCAUAGGACGGAAUUUCAUAUCGAGAGAUCUGCUCGAAGCUAGCAAUCUUGAAGAUGCCCUGAAUAGGGUUUGCUCAACCAACAUUGCCACUGGACAUAGUUACAAUUUGGUGGAUCUGGGAACUCGACGAAUACUGAACGUCGAGACAGCAUCCAGAAAUCGCCACUCGGUCCACGAAGUCAAGAAAACACCAUUCUUCCAUGCAAACAUGUAUCUCCAUCUUGAAGUAAAGCAGGUUGAAGAUGAGAACUCUAUCAGUAGGCAAAGAAGAGCAGCUCAACUUUCAAAAGAAACAAAAGCAGAAAUACUUUCAAUUUUAGGGGAUUCUGAGGAUGCAAAGUAUCCGAUCUACAUGACAGGCAAUGAAUGAUAUUAUUUAUGAUGGCCAAGAUUGUACACUCUUUGCACUGUGUUGGUGGAUGCAGAUGAGAGAACAAUUUCCAUCUUUCAGUGCAACCCAAAGGAAGGAAAUGCUUCCUUGGUGCUUCCAAUGGAUUGAAUGGAAAGGUAGGUAAAGGAAAUAUGUAAAACCUUUUAGGGUUUUUACUUUGCUAAACUAAACUUACCAACGUCAGUAGAACAAGGAAUUGAAAAAGACUUAAUUAGUAAUAAUAAAAUAGGAUAAAAUUUAGAUUCCAA